UAUUACAUCAGCAACCUUUCAAUUUCAGCCGUACGUCAAACCGGCGUCAUCGUUUUACAUUAUUUCUUCUUCUUCAACUACAUAACGCCAAUUAGUUCGACCUCACGAUUUCUUUUGUCGACCCUCAUAUCGUUUACCUGAUUAUCGUGCGACAAUGUCAUUCACCAUUACGGUCCGCCAAGGGCCUGCGCGCCUAGCAUCUAGGUUGCCAGAGCUUACGAAAACCUCUUUCCGAUCCACAACUCCCAUCCGAGCAUUCCAUCAAUCCGCCACCAAGCAAUCCAACAACUUCUUCACAUCACGACCCAUCGUCGCAUCGACGCUACUACGAACAGCACCGAAAAAUGCAUUUGCGCAAUCGACGAGGAAAUAUACGCAACAGACGGCUACCGCCCAACAAGACUCGGGAUCUAUGGUCCGUCGACUCUUAACGGGUGGCGCAAUUUUCGGUGGUACACUCAUCGCAAUUAACGCUGUCUUCAACCGCGAAACACGAGAAGAUGGCGGCAUGCCCGCAUUUGAGCGAUCUUACUUAAACUCGACUUUCCUACACACUGGUCUUGGUAUUGGUAUUAUCGGUCUUACUGCGCGACAAAUGGUUCAGAGCGGUUUUGUCUACAGAUUGAUGGUAACAAGCCCAUGGGUUGUGGCUAUUGGUGGUUUGGCUCUCAGCUUCGGUACUAUGCUUGGAACCCGAGCUAUUGACCCUGACAACUAUGUUCCCAAGUAUGCUCUCUGGACUGCGUUCAAUGCCACCCAAGCCGCUUUCAUUGCCCCUCUUAUCGCCUUCGCCCCCGGUGCCUUGAUCGCUCGUGCCGGUCUUUACACUCUCGCAAUGAUGGGAUCUAUCUCGUUCGUCGGCGCUACUGCUAAGCAGGAGAAGUACAUGUACAUCGGUGGACCUCUUCUAGCUGGUGCUGCUAUCGUUGCCGUCUCUGGUUUUGCUCCUCUUAUUAUCCCCGCUACCGCCGUCCGAACAUUGGCCUUCACUGAGAACAUCUGGCUGUACGGUGGUCUAGCGGUCUUCGGUGGUUUCACCCUAUACGAUGUUCAGAAGAUCCUAUACCACGCCCGUAUGGCUGAGCGAGGUAUUAUCAAGAAGGACCCGGUUAACGAGAGUAUCUCGCUUGAGUUGGACUUCUUGAACAUCUUCAUCAGGAUGGUUCAAAUCUUGAUGAUGCAACAAAAUCGCAGGAAGUAAAGUUAACGUAGUAAUGGGGACAUCACAAUAGCAAGCAAGCAGUCAGUCAGAAGUGGAAUGAAUCUUUGGAAUCAGGCUUGAAGCAGGAGACUUGCCAACAUGUGGAUUAAUCUCAAAUAUCAGAGGUAGAAUGACAACUCUCCUCUCCGGACAACAUUAAGAUUGUCUAAGGCUGUACAGUGUAUAAAUGAGUCAAAUAAAAUAGUGAAUUAAAGUAGCCGAAACUAUCCCCUAUCCCUUCGUGAUUCAUACUAAAUAGCUGAGAAUAGUUCGAUUUCUCAUACGUAACUAGUAUAACUUCUUCCUAGUUACAUUCCUAGGUUAAUUUAUGAGAUGAAGUGACGACUAUACAUGAGUAGGGAGAGGAGCUUGACAGAUCAUUGAUUUGUUUCACAAAUGCCCACCGCCAAGGAGACCUGGUCGGUAAAUUGGAUGAGUAACAAGUUAUAGCUACGAUGAUUGGGCGGCGUGACGCUCACAGGUGACCCCGAUUAAUCGAACAUGCGCAGCGGAAACGAGGAAAGCCUCGCCUAGAUUCGUAACCAACCGUUUCUUUACGUACCAUGUGUAAACUCGAAGCGUUUCGAGUCACAUUAUGGAUAACCUAACCUUUUGUAUUUCUUAUCCUAGUAAAAUAGAUGGC